ACAAACCUUAGAACUAUGAAAAUGACCCUUGUGUUGUUCAUUCUUUGUUCAGGUAAGGACUUAUUUCUUGGUGUUGGUCUCCUCAUGAUAUUCAGUGGGUGUUGUGUGCACGCAUGCCAGUCUAAGAGGUUUAGGACCUCCAAAUAUUUCUCCCCCCAAAUAUCUUUUGUGAUCAGUAGACACACUUUGACAUGCUGUUUUAAUAACAUGCAACACCUGCACAAGUUACUUAUUUAUGCAUAAGAGAGGUUUUGUAGUCAGUGUGUGACAUAUUGUUUUCAUUGUAUUUUAACCUAGUACACUUCGUUUUAACAGUCCAGUAGUUCAUGAUGAUGUUUGUUGUUUUUAGAUGCAGUAAUUCUAAGCAAGUGAAUAAUAUUUUUUUUUCUUCCAUUUUUACAGGAUUUGUUCACUUUACAUUUGCAUCAAAUCGUCUGCGAGUUUUCCGUUUUAUUGACCAAGAGAAACCUUGGGACGAGUCAUUGGAAAACUGUACAAAAACAAAUGAGUCAUUUGUAACUCUGUAUGAUAAAGGUGACAUCAAUUACAUAUUUGAGUUUGUGAUUUAUAUCAAUGCAUCCCCGUGGCUUGGUCUGCGUAAGAGUCGAAAGAAUGUUACCACUUGGUCAGAUGGUAUCCCUUUUACGUUCAAUAACUCAGAUGUGACUGUAACAAAUGGGAUGCCAAUAUGUGAAGGUAUUGAACAAAGCAAGUGGACGGUUUUUAACUGUUCAGACAAAAAGCAUUUCAUGUGCUACAAGGAUAAUAAUUACAUCCUGAUUCAAAAUGAGAGAAAGACCUGGUGUCAGGCACAGCUGUACUGCAGGAGACACUUCACUGACUUGGUUAGCAUCAGUAAUGAAACGCAAAACACACAAGUGAUUGAGGAAGGAAAGAACAAAACCUUUUGGAUUGGACUCCUGCAUGAUGAAUGGGAGUGGGUGGACAACAGCUGCUCAACAUUCAGAGAUUGGGAUUCUGAUGGUUCUUUUCGAUCCUUAAACUGCUCAGCUCUGUCACACUCAGGUAGAUCCAUGACAGGAGCUGAGUGUAAUGAUACAGACAAACCUACAUUUUGCUCCAAAGGCAAAGUGAGAAUCCAAGUCGUCCACCUAAAUUUAACUUGGGAAGACGCCUUUGACUACUGCGCGGAUAACCACACAAGCCUGCUGCAGAUUGAGGAUAGUGAAGAUCAGAAAGCUGUAGAACAAUGGCUUAAUUACACCACUGGUGAUGGUCCAUUCUGGAUCGGUCUGAGGCAGAGUCGUGUCUUUGGGUUCUGGAUUUGGCGUGACAAAACAGUGUCCUACAGCAACUGGAUGGACGGCAGACAGCCUGAGAUGCCCAUAUCCGACAACUGUGGUGUCAUCAACAAGACAGACUACAAGUGGAGGGAUGAAAACUGUUGGCAUGAGCACCCUUUUAUUUGCGAGGAGGAGAUUUCAUUCAUGAAUAAAUAGUCUAUAGUUAUAAAUCUGUUUGAUAAAUCGAAGUGGGGGUUGAUUCCCGAUCAUAGAAAUGAAACUCAGAAACAAAAAUCUACUGAUUGUUAAUGGAUGUCUAUCUUGAAAUCAGUUACAUUGUUACAAUUUAACAUGAAGUUGUAUGUUGUAAUGAUAAAAUUUGCCAUUUUACUUUUACUACUUUAUAGCCUAUACUGUGUUACCAUUACUAUUAUUACUGUUAUUAUUUAGUGUAACUGUGUUAAAAGUUCAUUGCAGUUUGUAGUUAAUUAUAAGAAUAGAACUUGAUCACCUGUAAAUAAUAGUAUAUUUUCAUCUGACAUUUUGGUGUCCAUUCCACUUGGGGCCACUUGUUCCAGUGAUAAUUUCAAAGCAUAUUCUACUUUUCUAGUGUUAAAAUCAAAUCCCUGUGCAAAUUUACUUCCAGAUAAUUUGCUUUCUUGCAAUAAAAGACAAUGAUUUUCAAAUCCAACCAGUGGGAAUGUUACCAUGAACUAAGAAAUGUGUCUUGAUCACUGCUUACUUGUAUAUAUGAAUA